GCAAAGCAGUUUAGUUUGAAUAUACAGAUCAAUGAAGAUUCCAACACCCUUAUAUAGUCAUGUUUAUAAAUAUGAUGAUGUUUAUGAACCUGCAGAAGAUACUUUUUUGUUUUUGGAUGCCCUGGAAGAUCAAGCUGACAAGAUACAAUCCAUUGAUCCCAAAAUAGUGCUUGAAAUUGGUUCAGGUUCAGGUAUAGUGAGUACCUUCAUUGCGAAAAUUAUUGGAAGCUUGGCUUCUUAUUUUUGUACCGAUAAAAAUCCAUCUGCAAGCGUAUGUACGAGAGAAACCGGAAAAAUCAAUUCUGUACAACUGUUGACCGUUACCACAAAUUUUGUUGAAGGACUUCUACCAAGAUUGAAAAAUAAUGUUGAUGUUCUUUUAUUUAAUCCUCCGUAUGUUGUUACACCAACUAAAGAGAUUGCAGAUGGUGGAAUUGCGUUUGCAUGGGCUGGUGGAACAAAUGGCAGAGAGGUUAUGGACCAAUUUUUUCCACUUAUUCCUGAACUUCUUUCACCCAAGGGUUUAUUCUUUCUUGUUGUUAUUGAAGAAAACAAUCCACAGGAUAUUAUCAAAACUCUGGAUGGUUUGGGACUCAAAGGAGAAAUUAUUAAAACCAGAAAAGCUGGCUUAGAAGUUUUAUCAAUACUUAAAUUCAGCAGAAGCUGACAUACGAAAAUUUUUUCAAGUGCUGUGCUCUGUUCAAAUUUUGUACAAGUAACUUCUCUAU